AUGUCUAAUUUAACUUUCUCUGGCAUGAGAACUCUUAAAGCAAGAGUUGAUGAAGAUGAUUAAAAUAAAAAAAGACAUCCUUUUGAUCUAUAAAAAUAUCAGCAUAUUUUAGAAUAAAUCUCUACUACUCAUUAAUUUGAUAUUGAUCUUGAAAAUAGAUUAAAUUAAUUAGAUCAAACUGAAUAAUCAAGACCUACUCUAGAUAAAAGUUCAUUUUUAAAUAAAUAAUAUGCUAAAUAUAUCGAAAAAGGAGCAGAUUUAUAAUUAUCCAAAGUGGAUUGUAUUGAUCCUGAAGAUGAUGUUUGCACUCAUAAAUCAACUAAAUCAUUAUUAAAUUUCAUCAAAGGUAGACCUGUUAAAUUCACAGAAUUUUAUAAAAUAUUACUAUAAGAAUAUUCAAUUGAAUUUGAAAAUGCAGAGUAAAAAUUAUAAUUUAAAGAAAAUUUAAAAAAUAAAAUUGUUACUGUUGAUCCUAAUAUAGUCUCUUUAAAUGCUCUUCAAUUAUGUACCAGAGACAAAGGAAUCAAGGGUUUAAUUGAAGAAAUUGCAGAAGAAACUUAUCAAGAUAUUAAUAGAAAAGAAAAAUAAAAAAUAAAUAAUGAAAUUGUUGAUGAAUUGGAAAAUGUCAAAUAAUUAUUAGAAAAAAAAAAAGUUUAGCAGAUCAAAAAAGAAAAAGAACUUGUAGAAUAUGAAUAUUCAUUAUAAAAGUUUAAAUCUGAGAUGUCUAACAGUAUUUAAUAGGUUUAUGAAAUAUUAAGUAAAAUGAUGGAAGAACAAUAUUAAUAAAAACUAAGUAAUUUAAAUAAAAAGUUUAACAACUUGGAACAUCAAUUAAAAUCUAAGGUUAAAAUCAUUGAGCUUAAAGGUUCUUCAAUCUAAAAAAAUAAUUCAGCAUAUGGUUAGGAAAUUCAAAGACUAAAAUAAAGGAAUGGAUUAUUAGAGAAAUAAGUGGAAUCUCAAAAAGUUAGAAUUUUAGAAUUAGAAAAGAAGCUUUCUUUAGAAAAAGAUAAUACAAUUUAAUUAUAAAAGAAAUUAGAAAAAGUUAAUUAAAAAUUAAUAGAAUAAAAAGAAUAAAUUAGAGAAUAAAUAAAUAAUACAGAAUAAAAUGAAUCUCUAUAAUCCUUAAAAUAAUAGUAAUAAUAAGUUGUUGAAUAAUCUAAAUAAUAAUAACCAUAAUAAUUACAAUAAGGAGAUUAGUAAAAAAAAUGUACAAAUAAUUAAGAUAAUUAAAUAAAAUUAAUUAAAGUAUUUUAAAGUGUAUUUGAAUAAAUAUUUAUUGGAUUAGAUUAAUUAUAAAUACAAUUAGGAAUUGAAAAUAAAAAAUGGAAUCAAGAAUUAUUACCUUGCUGUUUAUAAGAUAAUUUAAUAGACUUGCUUGGGAAUCUGAUGUUAAUAGUUAUCAAUAAACAAGGUUUUUAGUAAAUUUAUAAAUUGUUGCUACAACUCUCAUUUUUUUAUUUUAAAAAUACAUGUACCACAAUUAACUGUCAGUAAAUUGAAGAAGUCAUAAAAAAUCAAAAAAAAUAAUAAAAUUGCAAAUAUUAUAUUGGGAUACACGAUUCGAAAAACAGAGAAUUUAUUCUUCAAUUAAAAGCCCUAUUAGAAAAGAAAAAGAAAAAUUAAACUUCAAUUGCAUUUUUAUUGCUUUUAUAUGAUAGGGAUGUAUCUAUUUCAAUAAAAUAUCUUUCUUAAGAAAUUGUAAUAAUUUAAUUAAUUUUAGUGUAAUGAAGAUGUUCAGAAAUUCAUUUUAGAUAAUGGAUUAUUGGAUGUAUUUGUAAUAAAAAUGAUUGAUGAUAGAAAUACGGUGUAGUUACUAUUAGAAAUAAUUGCUUAAGGCUAAUUUUAGAAUUAAUUUUUGUAGCAAUUGACAAAACAUUUUGAUAUCUUAUUAACCUUGCUAAAUAGUUAAGAUUUAGAAUUUUGUGAGUAGCUUUCAAUAGUCUUAUAAAGAAUCUAAUAUUACAAUAAAUAAACAAUUCAAAAUAAUUUUAGAGGUCUGAUUGAGAAAAAAAUGAAUUGUGAUUCAAAAUUUGAGUUGUUGAAAUAAAAUUUAUAAUUUAUAUUAUAAUGAAUUAAGAUGUUAAUAAUGUUGCAUAUGGAUAAGGUUAUUUGUUAAAUACAAAAAAUGAAUAAUUGAUUCAAAUAAAUAAAACAUAUGAUUCGUUUGUUUAAUAUGAGUAAGCAAGAACUGAAGCAUAAAAGCGAAUUUAAAUUUAAGAUUAAACCAUUUGCAGAUUAAUGAAAUUUACGACUAGCGAGUAAAAAUCAUUUUGUGGUCAAUUAUUCGGAAUAUAAUUGCAAUAUUAAUAUACACAAAAAUGUGUUGGAGAAUUGAAAAAGCUAAGUUAGUUUGAUUGUUUAUCAAUAAUAAAAGAUGUUACAUAAUCAUUAUUGAUAUUUAUAUCAAAAAGAAUUAGACAUGGGCAAUUGAGUCCUUAAACAAUAUUGAUAACAUAAAAUAACAGAUACUAAUUAACAGAUAUUCGAUUUAUAACUGAUAUGUAUGAAUAUAAGAUGUAAUUAAUUGGAUUUACAAACUAAUGUUAUUUAGCUCCAAUCCUGGUCUAUGAAUUGGGUAAACGAACAUUGAAUCCUAUAUACAAUUAUGAGAAAUCAGAAGUAUUCAUUUUUUUUAUUAAGGUUUUUUCAUUAGGUUUGGUAAUUUUGGAAUUGGCACUUUAAUAAUCUGCCUAAUCUAUUUAUGAUUUAUCUAAAUUCAUAGUUUCAUAAGAUGUAAUUAAUACAUAUCUGAGAGUAUUAUCACAGUAAUAUUAGCCUUAAUUUGUUGAUCUAUUGGGAAAAAUGCUCAUGGUAGAUGAAGAAUAAAGAAUUGAUCUAUAUUAAUUAGAAAAAAUCUUAAGUUAGAAAGUGAAUUUGAGUACGAAUUCAUUGGGAAAUCAUACUUAGAUUGAUAAAUUUAUUAAUAGUACAACAAUGAAUAAUAAAUAUCAACCUUAAAGCCCUUCACCUUCAUAGGUUUAUGUUAAUAAAUAACAGACCUAUCAAAUUUAAAAUUCUUAUAAUACAAAUAACUACAGUACUACUCAUUAAGAGAGAUAUCAGUAGGAAUAAAAAACUCCAAAAAAUCAAAUGACUUUCUACAUUCCUUAGAGACAAUAAAAUACAUAAUCGAAUUAAAGUCAAAUUAAUAUAUCAUAAUAAUAUUAUUCUAAGAAUCCUACUCAAUUAAAUUCAACUUAGAUUUAUGAGAGAUCUAGAAAAUAAAGUCCUGAAACUAUGGAUUCAUAUAGAUUUACUGAUAAUAGAAGAAUUAAAACAGAAUAUGACUAUCAAAUUUCCAAUAAUAUUCAUUAACAUAGUUCAAGUAGCUUUAUUUCUCCAGAAAAAAAAUAAGAUAAUUAAUUGGAUCAUUUAUUUAAUUAAUUUGGAGAAAAGUUGUAUAAGGUUAAAUAAAAGAUUAACCAUUUAAGAAUAAAUACUCCUACAUCCUAGAGUUAAUCCUAUUUUAAUUAAUCUUAUCAUUCAUAAUUUGCAGAGUCUGUAGAUGAAUUUCCAACUUUUAAACCAGAUGCUUUACCUGAAAAUAUUGAUAUUGGUAUGGAUCAAUCAAAAUUUUAAAAGGAGUUUCAAAAUCUUUAAUCUACGAACUAUAAUUUUUAAGUAUUGGAAAGGCCUAACUAUUAUCCUAAUUCAUUUUAUGAUGAUAUGUUAGGAGAUGCCAGUUUACCUACCUCAGGAACUAUACAUAUGCAUAGUAGUGGGCCAGCUACACUAAGUGAUUUCUUUUUGAAAAAAAAAUGA